GCGCAUUAAAAUCAGCCAUUGGUUCUGCUAAGAGCAAGUGAGAUCAGAAACCACAAUAGAAAACAUUCAAGCGACAAAUGAUAUAGAAUGCAAAUGUGUGCUCUAAAAAAUAGAGCAAUAGGUUACUGAAUGAUAUGUAAUCAUGUUGCCUUUAAGCUAUAAAAUGCAAGUCAAUAACUAACGGUAGAAGGUCCAACUUUGCUUUCGUACUCUUCCCUCUUCUGCUCAAAUAAUAGUACACAUUAAAAUGAUUAUCACCAGUUCAAUCCUUACAUGUGAUAUAAAACAAUAUAAAGAUCAAGUAAAACAGGUUAUCAGCAAACAGAUCUCUUUUGUUGCUAAUCACUGCCAAUAUUUACCGGAACUUUGAGCUGAAGUUCAAAAAAUAUACGUGUCCGUAUCUCCUGAGUGAAUUCCCCAUUUUCUUUUCUAAAGAAACUGCUUUUAUGACAUCACAGCCUAAAUCAGUUAGACCAGGAAAUCAAUCGAUUCAAACAGUAAAGGCAGCACAUGAGACGACAUUAAAGUCUGAAGCGAGCUGGUUUCAGAUUAUUCAUGCUGAAAUAAUCGCUGUAACAAGCGCCAUGCGUAAAAGUGCACGAUGGUCAGGCAUGAAUGUGAGCAAUCUUCAAAUGGGUAGCUUAGGAGACAGCAUGGGCUUACGUAGUGGAAGGACAUAUACAAAAGAUUCAAGUGCAAAAGAGAGAAAUCCAUUACUAGAAGGGUUCAUCAAACUUAAACAACAUUUGGAGAGUGUCGAAAAUGCAAAAGAUAUUGACGCUGUAGAACUCGUUCAGCCUUUCCUUGAGGUCAUUUGCUCUGGUAAUACAACAGGACAAAUCGCGGCAAUCUCUUUGGGGAGUAUUGAAAAAUUUCUGCAUUAUGGCAUCUUGGGUGUACAAAGUCCUAAUAUUGCCUAUGCAAUGAACACAUUGACCUCAGCUACAAGUGGCUGUAAGUUUGAGGCCUCUGAUGCAGUCUCUGAUGAAUUGGUGCUGUUGCGUAUGCUGCAGGUACUGGAAAUGGCUUUAGUGAGUGAUUGUGGACAAGUAUUGAGCGACGAAGCAGUUUGUGAAAUAAUGGAAUCUGGACUCAGUAUGUGCUGCCAGAUGAGGCUCAGUGAAAUGUUGAGGAAAUCAGCAGAACAUUCAAUGAUAAACAUGAUUGUUUCUAUUUUUGAAAGGUUAAAAAACUUGGAAGAUGAUUGGUCAUUCGUAACAUCAUCACUAGAGGCAUCAGAAGAGCUUACAGAACAUGUUCACAUGAAUACACCAAAAGAUACUUCAUCACUCGAUGCAGACAAUCUAAGUUCAGAACAGCAGCAGGAAGCGGAAGCAGAAAAGGAUCAGGAAGUAGAAUCUGUGGAUGAUAAGUUGGCAGCUACUUCGUAUACCACCUCAUCUGAACCUGUGCCUGAAGCUAAAAGCUCAUUCUUAGUAGUCAAUGACCAGAGCACUAUUCCAAAACCAUAUGGGAUACCCACAAUUCGAGAAUUACUUCGGGUUUUAAUAUCAUUAUUGAACCCUCACGAACACAAGCAUACAGAUUCGAUGCGAAUGAUGGCACUGGGUCUCUUAAAUGUGGCAUUUGAAGUGGGAGGGAGAAGUAUGGGACGCUUUGAAAUCCUAAGGUCGUUAGUCACAGACGAAUUCUGUAAAUACGUCUUUCAACUCGCAAAAACAGAUUCUAUACCUCUACUUUCGUUAUCACUUCGGGUUAUUGCAACUGUAUUUGAUACACUCGGUCCUCAUUUGAAACUACAGCAAGAGUUGUUCUUGUAUUUCUUGAUCCAGAGAUUAUCUCCACCCACUGGUGCAGGUAGUCGUAAUGUCAUUGUGGACGUUGACGAAGACGGAAACAUAACCUUUAUGGCGCCUAAACUGGAUACAAUAGAACAGGGCAUCAUUGGUGACGCUCGAAGUGCUUCACCCAACAUGUUCUUGGGCAAGCCAACUGAUUACCCAAGGACCAGUAAGAGCUAUUCCGGAGAUCACACGACAAUGACGCCCGAAGUACGUGAGUUGCUGCUCGAGUGUCUGCUGCAAUUUGUGCGUAGGGAGACGUUUAUGAUCGGUUUGUGGUAUAACUAUGACUGUGAUGUAACUUGUGGAGAUCUCUUUGAAGAGCUAAUUCAAUUUCUCUGCAAGAACUCUUUCCCUGAUCCUCAAAGCUAUUCGGUUACUAAUCAUCACACACUUUGUCUGGAUACAAUCUGCAUGUUUAUUGCUCAAAUGACAGAACGAGUGUUAAGCAAGAUAAAUGAUGACUAUGUUGAUUCCAACAAAAUUCAAGAGCUGCUUGAACGCAAGCGACGCAAGAAGAUUAUUUUAAAAGGCGCGAGCUUAUUCAACGAAUCUCCCAAGAAGGGCAUCGCCUUCCUGUUAGAAAACAACAUUAUUGUGCCUGAUGAAAGUAACGAUAUCAACAAGAGCCUUUCAAACUUUUUGCGAUCAACUCAACAGUUGGAUAAAAAGGCGGUGGGAGAAUAUCUUGGUAAACCCGAGAAUUUCGAUGUACUGCAAGCGUACAUGCGUCAAUUUGAUUUUAAGGGUAAACGUAUGGAUGAGGCAUUACGUAUGGUACUCGAGACGUUCCGCUUACCAGGCGAAGCUCAACAAAUUGAGCGUGUCACUGAUACAUUUGCAGAAACAUUUUUCAAUGUUGAACCUUCCGGGAUUGCGAACCUGAAGGCUGCUCAAAUAUUAGCCUUCUCGAUCAUCUUGUUGAACACAGACCAACAUAACCCACAGAUCAGGCAUCAAUCACGCAUGUCUGCUGAACAAUACAUUCGAAACAUACGUGGAAUGAACGACAAUAAGGAUUUUCCAAAAGAAUAUCUUACAGCCAUGUAUGAGGCUAUACAAAAAGAUGAAAUACUGAUGCCAGACGAGCACGAAGGUCUCUUGGGUUUCAAUUACGCUUGGAAACAGUUACAACACCGAGCUGCAGAGGCGGAUCCUUUUGAACAAUGCUCAACAUCUUCUUAUGAUCAUGCCAUGUUCAAGCUAGUAUGGAAACCUUUGGUAGCAGCAAUUUCAUGCGCGUUUAAUACAGCUCAAGAUGAUGAUACACUGGAGAGAGCAAUCACCGGUUUCCGUCACUGUGCUACUCUUGCUGCACACUUUGAACUAUAUGAUGCGUUCGACAGUAUCGUCGUUAACUUGGCCACAAUGACUGGAUUACUUGAUAAUCACACAUCGUUUGUACCUGACCCCAUCGUAGACGUGGCUGGUCAGAAAUAUGUGGUGAGUAAGCUUGCGGUCAGAUUUGGCCGAGACUAUAAAGGACAACUCGCAGCCGUCGUCUUGUUCACAGUGGUUACGAGGUAUGGAAAUGCCCUUCGCAAGAGUUGGACAAAGGUGCUUCAGAUCAUUCGUAAUCUUUUCCUCAAUUCCCUUCUACCUAAUUCUAUGCUCAAGGUAGAAGACUUUUUAUCUGGAACAACCAAUAUUCCACUCAAGCCAAAGGUACCAAAGCCUUCAAAACAACAAAACCGCAGAGAUGGCUCGCUUCUAUCCACGCUUUCUUCUUAUCUUUUAUCUCCUUAUUCUAAUGACGAAGCCUACAGCCGUGACCCGACGGAGGAAGAGGUGGAGAUGACUAUGUGUGCAGUGGAUUGUGUAUCUGCUUGUAAGCUAGAGGAACUGUUUACAAACAUUACUUCAGUUAGCUUAGAAACCCAUAAAUGUCUACUGAGUGCCAUACGUUCAGUUGGCUAUGAUAGUGAAGCAAUGAAGAAAUCAACAGUGACAAUACCCUAUGAUCCAGCCACAGUUCUAUUUUUGGAGUUUAUGGUGACAAUCACUGUACGCAAUGCAGAUAGGAUAGAGGAAUUAUGGUCAUAUGCAACAGAUUACAUGUUUGGCAUACUCGACUUUGCAGAGAAACAAAGCGUGCUCGUAGUAGAGCGAACUGUGGUUGGCUUAUUAAGACUGUGUAUCUGUGCUGCGGCUAGAAAUGUGAUGCUCGAAGACAUUCUCAACUGUCUUCGUCUCUUGCGUGAUUUCCCACCUACUGUCACACAAGCUGUAGCAGAACAAAUGAUGGCUGGCAUAUUCAAUUUGUCAUCUGCAAAUUCAGAAUAUAGAAACAAUCCAGAAUUCUUGAAUCUUAUCCUAGAAAUCAAGCAGAAAGUGGCCAAUUCUUUAUAAAAAGAGAAAGCGAAAUAAAAAAUAUUUAUUACAUGGUUAUUGUUAAAGUUUAGAAUAGUAAUUGACUAAUUAAACCAGCCAUAAGCACUGCAGGUAUAAUAGAGGCUGAUAGGCUAGAUGCAUCACUUGACUUGUUGGAUGAAUUAGAUGAUGAGGCAGAGUUGCUGGAACUGGAGCUUGAAGAUGAGGAUGUAUUGUUGGGUCUAGAGACAGCGAUGCUCUUGAGCUGACAUUCAGCAGAUGUACAGAGACAAGUGUUACCGAUAGGAUCCCACCAAGUAGUA